CCCUCCGUCCGCCCGUGGUCUCUCGUUCCGCGCAGAGGAGCGGACAGCCGCGCGGCGGCUUCGCGGUGGUCGGCUCGGGGGUGCGCUGGGAUGGAGUGAAUUGCGGAGCCCCGCGCCGCACGGCCCGGCCAUGGAGCUGAAGAGGUCCAUCUCGGCCAGCGCGGAGGCCGAGAGACCGAUGAGGCGCUACGGAGCAGUGGAGGAGACGGAAUGGAAGGCGGAGGCGCUGGGGAGAAGUCAACUUGACAUCAUUUCAAUGGCUGAAACAACAAUGAUGCCUGAGGAAAUUGAGCUCGAGAUGGCAAAGAUCCAGAGACUUCGGGAAGUCUUAGUCAGAAGAGAAUCAGAACUCAGGUUUAUGAUGGAUGACAUCCAGCUAUGUAAAGACAUUAUGAACCUUAAGAGCGAGCUGCAAAAUUUGGUAGCAAUCCCAGAAAAAAAAAAAACUAAGAUGGACAAACAAAGAGAGGAUGAACUGAUUCAGAAGAUCCACAGACUGGUACAAAAAAGAGACUUUCUUGUAGAUGAUGCAGAGGUGGAGAGAUUACGAGAGAAAGAAGAAGACAGAGAGAUGGCUGAAUUCCUUCGCACCAAGUUAAAACCCAUAGACAAAGCUACACAAUCUCCUACUAGCAGCCCAGCAGAAAAGAAGGCAGAACCUCCUCCAAGCAAGCCCACCAUUGCCAAGGCAGGAUUGGCUAUUAUUAAAGAUUGUUGUGGGGCCACACAAUGCAACAUCAUGUAGCUCUGGGCUUUCUACCAUGUUUGUCUUUUUAAAUGUUUUCAUUGAAUGAAACUGUGUAGAGUGAGGGGAACUAACAGCAUCCUGCUAACAGAAUCAAGAGCAACUGGUACAACAGUUAUGUAUGGAAUGUGCAAUGGCAGGUUCUUCACUGUUGCAUGGAUCACUCAACACGCAUGCCUAAAAACAAAAGAAAUAUAUAUAGUGGCUGUCCAGUGACCAGAAAAGAUCUGUAGUAGAGUCAACAAAAACACCCCACGAUAGAAGUGAAUCAAAAGAGGGUAUAUUUCAUGCAGUAAGGUGUAAAAUGGCAAUUUUAAUAGGUCAACACUUGGUAAGAAUGUUGUACACUUUUCCCUUUGACAAACUGUGCUCAAAAAUUGCUAAAGUACCCAUUUUGGCUACUUUUCAAAACAAAAGCCACAGUAGUAUAUGCUGUAUAUAGCACAACUGAUAGAUGAAGCAAUUUCAGGAUAACUGAUGUUGCAUACAGAGUCUUUAUCAAACUACUAUGAUCUUCAACUACUUUGCUGUGGAUUUUCACUUCAAAUUCUUUAGAAAGAAUGAGGAUCAGUGACGAUGUUGCAAGUAGAGAAAGAUUUUUAUAUCCCAUGUGAUUCCUAAAUUACUCAAGUCAGAUUAAUAUUGCUUACACCAAAAAAAAAAAUCUGAUGAAGCUUUAACAAGCAGAGCUACAGUAACUGCAAACAGAUGUAGUCCAGAGUUGUACCAUUUCUGUUUUAGAUUUGCACCUCACAUGGAGUCACAGAAAUAUUUACCCAGAGAGUUUUGUCCACUAUUAGAAGUUACAUGCAAUACAACAUUAUGUAGCACUGGUAGGUUGCUGGGAGGAGAGUGGAAGACAAACAAUUUAAUAUUUAAACAACACUUAAAACAACUAUUAAUUGCAUAUGUCAUGACCACAAGAAAUACAAACUUUCAAGCAUAGGAGAACAGUAGUCACCCAAGAAAAAUUGACCACAAGACAAAUAUACAAAUACAGAAGGAGAUAUUUGUGGUAGAGAGAUCACAUUCUACACAAAAUGGGUUUAAAAUUAAGGGAAAUACAGAAGGACUUACCUGUGUUUCACUACUAAAUGUGUUUCUGGUCUCUAUGCAGAUUAAGCCUUGUGGAAUCUAAUAUAUUAGCUGUCAGUAGCUGGUUUGUCUGUGUGAUGGUACUUCAUAUAAAUGUACUGUGAUAGGUGUAAAUAGUAAAAUAAAUGUAUAUGGAUCUAAUGUGAAAAUCUCAGGCUUAGAAAUAACAGAUAGCAAAAAGUUCCUAAAAUAAAGUUCUUCAAGAGGAACUUCCAUUUUUUGAAGGCAGUUAAGUGACAUCUGCACUUCUAUAUAGAAAGGAACCACAGCUAUAGGAAAGGAAAGAAAUAGCAGCAGUUACCCAAAAAGGCUAAACAGUAAUUUAUUUUUUUUUAAAAGAAAGUACCUUUAAAUUCAAGAAGAUAUACGUAAUGUAAAGUAACCCAGACUAUUCCUGUACAAAUAAAACCUAAUCCCUAGCAUCAGACUGAUUCAGUGAAGAAGACUUGUUUUUCCAGAAUAAUUUGUUUCAGUAUUGCAGACUCCCUUGAGACAAAGAACCUAUGCCACUAAGUUCCUCAAGGUUUAAGGACCAAGGAAGAAAAAAAAAAACCCCACAAAACGAUUCCACUAAGAUAUGUCACACUUGUACUUGCUUUGACCAAAGACACAGGAAAAAGGACAUCACAUAUCCAAAGGCUGAACAGUCAUAUAUAAUUAUUGCAUCCUUGUUAAUAACAUGUAUCACCACAUUAAGCUCUGUAGCUGUUAAUAGCUAUUGUAUCUGGUAUGGGUUGGACUCUCUACAGCACCUGUGUACAUUAACAGUUAUGGAGAAAACUGCUUUUAAGGAAGAGUAGACACUGGAGGGGAAGAAACACCCACUGGCUUCUGGAAAAUUCAGCCUCUUGAAUUUGCUGGUACCCAAUUAAGAUGUCAGGAAUUAUCAAUAUCCUAAGGCAGAUGUUCAAUGGCAGUAAUAAAGGCAAAUGGAAGUUCAGAAAGAACCUGUAGUGAAGCACCAAACUUAAAGCCUUAGAAUCAACUGUUACAACCAAGUAUUGUGAAUGCUAGUAAGUAAAGGGUCCUGAAGAACUUGGCACACAGUUUUUGUAAGGCAAGAGGUGACUUAACACACAUCAGUGUUUAAACCAGGCUGUGCUGAUGACUGAGGUGAUCCGUGCAUGCUGCACAGAAUCUGUUCCUUUAGGAAGAAAAAUGAAAUCAGUAGAAUGUAGGUUUGUAUGAGAAAACUUUUACUAACCGGAAACAGAGCUAGUCAUUCCUGGGAUUCAACACUUAUGACUAGGCUACAGAGCUCCCUUUUAAUUAAAAUGAAGAGAAAGCGCAGCAAGUAUGAAUAUGUAGUAUUCAUAUCCAGUUAGCACUGGUAGCCAGUGCCCCAAAAGGACCUACCUAGAGCAGUGUUAGUGAGAGUGAACUUCAUUUUCAGAAGUUCUAGCGUGGCUCAGCUGAAAAGUUUUCUUUGUGCGAGUUUGUUUUGCUUUUAGUUAGCAAAUGCUUCAGUUCUGUUUCUAUUUGGGUGGGUUUGAACAGCUAGCCUGCAGUGCAGCAGUGGUUCCUUUAGAAGGGGGUGAUGCUGCUUAGCAACAAAGUCCUGGAUUUUUUCAGACUGAGGUCAGACUCUCAGCUGUGUUCUGCAGUGGCUUAGUGUUGUCCAUCCAGAACACAGUAGAGCUCUAAUGGCUUACUUUUACAUAUAACUGUUGUAAAUUGAACAAAUUAAACUUAAGAAGGAACUAUGUGUGUAAGAAUCUUGGUUCUUGUUUUUAAAAGUCAGACUAAACCCCUGAGUACUCCCAAGAACAAUGAAGGGCUUUGCAGCUUCCAUGAUCCUAUGAACACAGCACAUUAUUACAGCAACCCCCAUAUGUAAAAUCAGUAGAAAGUAUCAGACAAGGAUCUUUAGGUGAUUACAUCGAGUAACUGACAUAAUUUCAGAGCUGAUUUUCAGAUACCUGUUCUUGUCUGCAAAGAAAGAGGGACGUCAGUUGAUCCAAAAUCUCUUCUGGACAUCCUGGCUGUUUAUCACUUCAGAAAGAAAGCAAGGCAUCAGAAAAUGAACAAAAUAAGGUGGAUUUGACACACUGUUCCUAUAUGAACGUGGCUAUAUUCAGGAAAGGAUCCUGGUCUACUGAGAAAAACAAAGUGCUGAAGUGCUAUUUGUACUAAUCACUAAUUCUACCAGCAAAUGGUUCUCUUGUACCUUCACCAUGGCCUACUGAAUCUCUUCAGCAAAGUUAAAACGUAUUUCCAAAUAAAAUAAGCUGCUGUGUUA